ACAAUAAAGUUUAUUACCACAAAAGAGAAAGUAUUUUAUAAAAGUUAUUGUUGCACCGUUUUGUUUUUGUUUAUUAAUCCUCUUUGUCUCUUGUAUAACAGAUCAACAUUCAUGGCCACAUUUAGCACGAGCCUGAUCAAAUCCGAGCAGAUUUCACAUCCUGGCUAUUAGUUUGUUUGUUUGUUUGUUUGUUUGUUUUUUCAUCAUCGCCUGGAGGACAAGAGUAGGUUAAACAUCCAGAGAAAGAAAAAAAAUAUUUCUUACUGACAUUUAGGUCAAAUGAAAGAUGAUACAAGCACAAAAGCACAAAAAAUGUUUGUUUUUUUUAUUAAUAUUUCUACAUUGUACUAGUUAAACACGACCUAACUAAAACACCAAUCAGUGUGAAAACUUACAGCUACAUACAUGAACCAGAGGCACCGACGAUCUAGUUUGUAUUGCUAUUAUACAUAUACCGGAGCGUAGAGUAUAAUGAAAUGCAGCUGACCUAGCCUCAGGUGUAAACAUAGCUUAUAACAAGCGUUAAAUAACAUGACUAGACAGAGGACAUUAGGAGAGUUGCGGUAUUAGACAGGACACUUAACACAGUACAAAGAAAAACAACAACAACAAGCAGUGCAGUUUUAGGGUAGUCUGUGUGUGUGUCUAGUCGAUGCUGACUGAUAAGUCUUCAUGGUGUCGGUGUGUGUAAAGUGUAGAAUUAAAGAUUAAAGUGGCUGUGCUCAAUGUAAACCAAGUAGAACGUUGAUAAGAAGUGAAGAUAGAUAGUAGGCAGGUCAAGUAAUUAGGAGGUGAUAAGGAGGACGGGGAGGCGGGAGGCGAUAAGGAGGACGGGGAGGUGGGAGGCGAUAAGGAGGACGGGGAGGGGGGAGGUGAUAAGGAGGACGGGGAGGCGAUCAGAAGGACAUGUUGUGCACAGUGUGUGCAGUGUAAGAAUCAUGGGAAGUAGACUUGUGAUUGUACUGUAUGCUCUAGAAUGGCUUUGGAGAUUGUAGGAGCUCAAAACACGUAGUAGCUGGGGGGUGAUUGAGGUCUGAGACAAUGCUGAAUGCUUUCUUCAGACCGUGAUGAAUCUGCAUGUCUUUUGGAAGUCUCCUUAGAAAAUGGAGGUGCUGUGGGGCUUUUCUUGUAAGAUGGGAACUGUGGACAGAGAUAUAGAGUCUUACCGUAGAAAUUUGAACCCGCUCAAUGUUUACACUGCGGUGCUCUAUAUACAUAGUGGUGUGUGCUCUCGUCUUCCUUUUCUGGAUUAAUCAGUGAUUUCCUUUGUUUCCUUUGUUGACAUUAAGAAAGAGGUUAUUGUCAGCGUACCGUGCUGUGGGGCACGCUUCUUCCUCCCAGUAGUCUCGACAUUCCUGGAAACAGUGAUGAAUGGAGUGGAGGCGUAGUUACCUAAUGAGAAUAUCGAAUCCAGAUUUUUUUCCCCCCUAUUCAUCUGCUCAAAAGAAGACUCAAAUGAUAUCAUUUGCAUGGUUUACUGCACUUUUAUACUGUAUACUGUAAAUGGUGUGAAGAUUGUAGGACUGAGACAUGCAAUUGCAGAUCAGCAUUUUAACAAGAGCUGUGCAGACAAAUCCAAAAAAUGGCACUUUGGUACCAGCUACAACAGCUGGACUCGAGAUACCUGGAGCAAAUCGACCAGCUCUACGAUGAUGCGUUCCCCAUGGAGAUUCGUCAGUACCUCAGCCAAUGGAUUGAAAGCAUUGACUGGGACGCUGUGGCCCUCGAUGAGUCCCUAGCGAGGGUGCGUUUCCACGAGCUUCUGAGUAAACUGGAUGAGCUCUAUGGUCGCCUGAAUCCGAGCAACAACUUCCUCCUUCAGCACAACAUCCGCAAAAUACAACGCAACCUACAGGAACACUUUCAGGAAAAUACAGUGUACAUGGCUAUGAUCAUAUCCAACGCCCUGAACGAGGAACGGAGAAUUCUGGAGUCGGCCCUCAGAACACAGGAAAAUACGGGCUCACCCCAGGUCAGUGUUGUACAGGAGAAGCAGAAGCAGCUGGAGAACCAGGUGAAUGAGCUGAAGAAGAAAGUGCAGGCAGCAGAACAGGAUAUUCAGGUUCUUGAGGAUCUACAAGACGAGCAUGACUUCAAGAAGAAAACUUUACAGAUGGAGGUUGAAGCAAAUACACAAAUAGCCAAAGAGAUUCAGUUGGAGGAGUUGAAGAUCAGAGAGAUGUUCCUUCGGCUGAACAAAAUCAGAGAGGCAGUCGUAAUGGAGUUAUUAAAUGCACUAAAAUUAGCAGAUCUGACCCAGAACACACUCAUAACAGAAAAGGUUCCAGAGUGGAAGCAGAGGCAGCAGAUGGCUUGCAUUGGUGGUCCUCCAAAUGCUUGCCUGGAUCAGUUACAGAAUUGGUUCACUGCAGUGGCAGAGUGUUUGCAGCAGAUACGUCAUCAGCUGAACACGCUGCAGGAGCUGGUGGUGAACUUCACUUACGAAAACGACCCCAUCACUUUGAACAUGAGCUCAUUGCAGGAGCAGGUGCUGUCGCUGUUCAAAAACCUCCUCGUCAAUUCCAUUGUGGUGGAAAGGCAGCCGUGCAUGCCCACGCAUCCGCAGAGACCCCUGGUGCUGAAGACUGGUGUGCAGUUCACAGUUAAACUCAGGCUGCUGGUCAAACUGCCGGAGUUAAACUGCCAGCUAAAAGUCAAAGCCUCUUUCGACCAGGAUUUAACAGAAACGAAUACAUUCAAGGGAUUUCGUAGGUUCAACAUUUUAGGAACCAACACUAAGGUCAUGAACAUGGAGGAAUCAAACGGCUGCCUGUCUGCUGAGUUCCGGCACUUGCAACUGAAAGAAAAGAAAGUAGUUGGAAGUAGAGCAAAUGAGGGUCCUAUUCUCAUCAUGGAGGAACUUCAUUCCAUCAGCUUUGACACUCAACUCAACCAAGGAGAUAUCUCCAUCGAUAUAAAGACCACUUCACUUCCUGUAGUGGUGAUAUCUCAUAUCAGCCAGCUGUCGAGUGCCUGGGCCUCCAUGAUCUGGUUUAACAUGCUCUGUACUGACACUCAGAACCUCGCAUUUUUCCUGAACCCUCCUCCGAUGAUGUGGGGAGACCUGGCGAAGGUCCUGAGCUGGCAGUUUUCCUCCAUCACUAAGAGAGGCCUGAACACAGACCAGCUGAGCAUGCUCGCAGAUAAACUACUCGGUCCUGAGGCUCAAGGAGACCCGAACGCUCCCGUCUACUGGACUAAGUUCGCUAAGACGACAUCGAACGAGAGAGGAGUUGCGUUCUGGCUGUGGAUCGAUGGGAUUCUGGACCUCAUCAAACGAUGCCUACUCAAUAUCUGGAAUGAUGGGCAUAUAGUGGGCUUUAUUAAUAAAGAGAAGGAGAAAUCUCUGCUAAAAGACAAGCGUCCAGGAACGUUCCUCCUGCGCUUCAGUGAGACGUGUAAAGACGGAGGCAUCACCAUCACGUGGGUGGAGCAGUUGCAGAACGGUGAACCCAAGACACAUUCGGUGAAGCCGUACAAGAAGCAGGAUUUAGUCAACAUCACUUUCCCUGACGUGAUUCGGAACUACACACUAAUGGAUGCUGAGAAUAUUCCGGAAAACCCUCUGCUCUACCUGUAUCCGGACAUCCCUAAAGACGUGGCGUUCUCGCGCUACUACAGCGUCGGGGAGGCGUCAGAAGACAUGGACGUGGAUAGAGUGACUGAAAUCAGCCCGUACAAGAACAGAUGGAUGAUUCCAGUGUCGGAACUCCCAGACGGAAGACUUCAAGACAGAAUUCUGCCAUUGAGUCCCGAGGAAUUUGGAGAGCUGCAGCAUAUUAACAGAAACAACGGGAUGGACGGCUUGUGUAUAACUUUACCGCAGUAAAUCCACAUCAGCAAACAUCUUCAUCCGGUCCAUCUUCAUCCUCCAGCUUUCCUUCAGCAGCAGUUUGUGGAUUGAACAGCAGACAUGCUAGGGAAUGGGAUUCACAUAUUUUGUUAACAUGUAUGUGUGUGUGUGUGUGUGUGUGUGUGUGUGUGUGUGAGAGAGAGAGAGAGAGAGAGAGAGAGAGAGAGAGAGACAGAGUGUGUUUACACUGUUGUAGUGAUAGUGAAUUUGUGGAAUUGCACAACUGUGGAAAUUAUUCUUAUGCACCAGUGCAGGACGACGAGACAAUAACGCAGGCUCCGGUUUUUGUUCCUUCGCGGCUUUAUUUAAUAUUGUACAUCUAAAGUAUAUAUAUAUACGGAAACGUCAUUUGUAAACAGACGUGCACACGACUCGUCCUCUGAACUCUGUGAAGUCUCAUCUAUGAAAUAAAAAUAAAACUUCGAGGUUACACUCGACACUUUUUUUCCAAAUAAAUAUGUUCAAAUGUU